CCGCUAACCACCAACAGCUCCCUCCCUGGUAGCCGAACACGAACCGGUUAAAGAGACCAGGCUUCAACAGACCAGGCUUCAACGUCAGGUGAAGCUAUGCAGCCAUGGCUUCUGCCAACGUGCACCCGGCGUCCGAGCCAGCUCGAUGGAAGUAUCUCGACAGCGUCCGGACCCGGCCGGGGCCCUUCACCGAUGCCAGCACCUUCAACGGCAGCGUGGUGGCCCGAGCCAUGGAGACCAUGAAGGUUCUGGUCAUUGGAGCUGGAGGGCUCGGCUGCGAGAUUCUCAAAAACCUGGCCUUGUCUGGCUUCAAAGACAUCCACGUCAUCGACAUGGACACGAUCGACAUCUCGAACCUCAACCGCCAGUUCCUCUUCCGCCAGGAGGACGUCGGCAAGUCCAAGGCUGAGGUCGCUGCCCGGUUCGUCGAGAAACGCGUGAGGGGAGUCAGGAUCACGCCGUACAACUGCAAGAUCCAGGACUUCGAUGAGGACUUCUACAUGCAGUUCCAGCUCGUCAUCUGCGGGCUCGACAGCAUCGAGGCGCGCCGGUGGAUCAACGCGACGCUGGUCGGCUUGGUCGACGAGAACAUCGAGGACAGCUACAAGCCCCUCAUCGACGGAGGCACCGAGGGCUUCAAGGGCCAAGCACGUGUCAUCUUCCCUACCGUCACAUCCUGCAUCGAGUGCCAGCUCGACAUGCACGCCCCCCGCGCCGCCGUCCCCCUGUGCACCCUCGCCAGCAUCCCGCGACAGCCCGAACACUGCAUCGAGUGGGCGCACGUCAUCGCCUGGGACCAAGAAAAGCCCUUCCCGCAGCUCGACAAAGACGACCCCGAACACAUCAACUGGCUCUACCAAAAAGCCCUCGACCGGGCGCGCGAGUUCAACAUCCCCGGGGUGACCUACUCGCUCACGCAGGGCGUGGUCAAGAACAUCAUCCCGGCGAUCGCCUCCACCAACAGCGUGAUCGCCGCGGCCUGCUGCAACGAGGCGCUCAAGAUCGCGUCCAACUGCGCGCCGUCGCUCGGCCUGCCCGACGCCAACUACAUGAUGUACUCGGGCAACGACGGCAUCUACACGUACACGUUCCGGCACGAGCGCAAGGACGACUGCCCCGUGUGCGGCGGGCAGGCGCGCGACCUGCCGGCCGACGCCGCCUGGACGCUGCGCGAGCUGCUCGACUCGCUCGCCGCGCGGCCCGAGGCCCAGCUGCGCCAGCCGAGCGUGCGCACCGCCACCAAGACGCUGUACAUGCAGCUGCCGCCCAGCCUGGAGGAGCAGACGCGGCCGAACCUGGACAAGACGCUGGCGGAGCUGGGGCUGGACCACGGGCAGGAGAUCGUCGUGACGGAUCCGGCGUUCGCCACCGUCAUCUUCAUGUUUAAGCUCAAGUUCAAAUCACGAUGAGAGGCGGGUUGGCCGUCCCCGCGCAUCUCCGUCGCUAGCGUCAGUCAGCGACCAAAGCGAUAUAUUACUGGACCGUGGAAUAAGGGGAUGAGAGGAGAGCUUCGAGGUGAUCUCGUUCCCUCCUGGUCGGACGUCGGAGGGGCAACGCUCGGUCGGGGUGGAAGAAAGGGUUUAGAGCAGAGCAGGAUAUCUCUGCACCCUGAGUGCAGGCCUUUGCUUACACUGGCGCAAGGA